GGUGGGGCACGAUCACGAUAGCUCAACUCGCAUGCGCUACAUACAAACCACGUGGCUGUAUCAAAUCUCUGGAAAAGGUUCUUCUCAUUUAUAUACUCACAAGUUCUCUAAUUCUACCAAGAUGAAUGCACCCAUCAUCUUGCUGAAGCAGGGGACAGACACGUCUCAGGGAGUACCCCAGAUAAUCAGCAAUAUCAAUGCGUGUGAGGUGAUAGUAGGAGCAGUGGCCUCCACUCUGGGCCCUCGGGGCAUGGACAAACUCAUAGUGGACGGAAACGGCAAGACGACUAUUUCCAAUGACGGAGCUACCAUCAUGAAGCUGCUGGAUGUGGUCCAUCCUGCUGCCAAGACUCUGGUGGACAUCUCCUUGUCACAAGACGCUGAGGUGGGAGAUGGUACCACGUCUGUGGUGCUGUUGGCUGGAGAGAUUCUCAGGAAAUGCAAACCGUUUAUUGAGGACAACGUGCAUCCUCAGAUCAUUGUUAGAGGAAUACGCAAAGCCACUCAACUAGCGCUGGAGAAGAUCCAAGAGAUUGCUGUCACAGUCAAGACGGAUAAUAUACAGGAACAGCGUAGUCUGCUGCUCAAGUGUGCUGCCACCUCAAUGAGCUCAAAGCUGAUUGCCCAACAGAAGGAUUUCUUCUCCAAUAUGGUGGUGGAUGCUGUGUCUCUCCUGGAUGACCUCCUUCCCCUCAACAUGAUUGGUAUUAAGAAGGUGCAGGGAGGAUCACUGGAGGAAUCACGACUGAUUGAUGGAGUGGCCUUUAAGAAGACCUUCUCCUACGCUGGCUUUGAGAUGCAACGUAAGAAGUUCAACUAUCCCAAGAUAGUGCUACUGAACGUCGAGCUCGAGUUGAAGGCAGAAAAAGAAAAUGCUGAACUCAGGAUUGAGAAUGUGGAGGAGUACCAAAAGGUGGUGGACGCUGAAUGGAAGAUCCUCUAUGACAAGUUGGACAAGAUAGUUCAGAGUGGAGCUAAAGUGGUGCUCUCUAAGCUGCCCAUCGGAGAUGUAGCCACUCAGUACUUUGCAGACAGGGACAUAUUCUGUGCUGGACGAGUGGUGGACGAGGACCUGAGGAGGACAAUGAAGGCAUGUGGUGGGGCCAUCCAGACCUCAGUCAACGGUCUCAUGGAGGACGUGCUCGGGACGUGUGAGCUCUUCCAGGAGGAGCAGAUCGGAGGGGAUAGGUACAACAUCUUCACUGGUUGCCCUCAGGCAAAGACUUGUACCCUGAUUCUGAGAGGUGGGGCUGAACAGUUCAUCGAGGAGACAGAACGAUCUCUUCAUGACGCCAUUAUGAUUGUGAGGAGGACCAUCAAGAAUGAUGCUGUGGUUGCAGGUGGUGGAGCUAUUGAGUUGGAGCUGAGCAAGUAUUUACGUGACUAUGCUCGAACGGUGGCUGGAAAGGAGCAGCUGAUCAUAACAGCCGUUGCCAAGGCAUUGGAAAUCAUCCCCAGACAGCUGUGUGACAACGCUGGCUUCGACUCUACCAACAUCCUCAACAGACUCAGAGAGAAGCAUACCAAAGGUUUCAAAUGGUUUGGUGUGGACAUCAAUCGAGAAGACAUUGCUGACAACUUUGAGGCUUUUGUGUGGGAACCUGCCAUGGUAAAGAUCAACGCUCUUACUGGUGCCUCGGAGGCAGCUGCUCUCAUUCUGUCUGUUGACGAGACAAUAAAGAACCCACGCUCCGGAGGUAAUGACCCCACCGCCGCUCUACCCGGUCCAAGGGGGCGUGGCAGGGGAAGACCUCGUUAAGUAUUCGACUAUAUAGCUACAUAGCUGUCCUUAGUGUGCUCAAUGAGACUUGAAGUACUGUGCAAUAUACACAUAUUGUUAUGUCUAACUAUGACCCUCUCUGUCUUUGAUGUAUUAUAAACCAAGACAUAAUUUAUGGCUGAUUUUAA